AUGGACGCUGGAAACCCAGCGCUUCGAGGCUUCUUCUCUUCAUUUGCCAGGCCCCCUCGCCCAAGCAGCUCCUCCGCCACCCCUGUUCCAUCAGAUGCCAGCUCGAGCCCGACGCCCCAGACCUCCGAGGAGGUUCCGGUGGAUGUCCAGUCGACCGUUGUCCCGGUGGCAACGGCGGGUCAGAUGGUGCCUGACGCAGCGGCGACGGAUGUACCGGUGUCAGGCGCGGAAACGCCCGACGCGGCGGCCCUUGAGAUCCCAACCACGGCGGCAGCCACGGCGGCGCCGGGCUUGGUGACAGCGAGCCCGGCGGCGGCUGACGCGGCUACGACGAGCACCUCGGUGCCCGUGGCAGAUGCGCCAGGUGCUCCCACCCCCAGUUCCCCACCUGUAGCAGAGGAGGAGCUGGAGGUAGUUUCUGGUAGGCAGCUCCUGCAGGGUCCCCCAGAGGAGGAUGCGCGCACAAAGGCCGAAGCCUCCCGUGCUGCGCGUGCUCGGUCUGAGCUCGAGGCCGACCUCGAGUUCUACCGAGCUAGUCUUCGGAAGGUGUUCGCCCAGGAGCUCGCGGCGGCGGGACGGGAGAAAGCCGUGGCCCUACGGGAGGAGGCCGUUGCCAAGGCGGAGGCCGGCCUUGUGGCCCAGCGAUCCGAGCUCGAGACUCGCAGCCAGGGUCUCGAGGUCCGCAAGCAGGAGCUCGACAAGCUCUCUGAGACUCUGCACAGAUGGCGCGAGCGGCUGCAGGAGACCGCCAGCCAGCAGGCCGUUGCCGAGAUAGAGCUCGAGGAGGAUAGGAAGUCUCUCGCAAAGCGGGAAUCCCACGCCACCAACAUGGAGCUCCAGCUUGAGCGUCAGCGCGAGGCCCUAAAGUCCCUGAAGGAGUUGGCGGCGAAGAAAGAGGCCACGCUCCAGGAGAAGACCCGUUAG